CAAUAAAUCCAAAAUCAAAAUUAUGCAUCCAAACAUAAUGAUCCCUAUUGAAUUUCACCGACCGACAAGACGGGACCAUCACGUACAAACAAAUCAGCGGUAAUUGUCCCCAAUCCCAGCAAUUACCCCGCUCCUCCCGCACAUCACGCCGUGUAAGCAAAAACAAGGACCCACCAUCGAGGUCCGCACACGGUGUUUUGGCCUAAUUUAUAGACCUGCUCGUAGCCGUUAUCCAGGUCACUUGGCGAAAUGCCGCAACGCAAGUGGUUCGCUCUAUUAAUGUGUGUGUCCGUGCUCGUGGGAGACUCUGGGGCGGCGAGGGGUGGGGGCAGAGCGGGUAAAACAGGAAGAGGUAGAGGAAGACUGUACAACUCCAGAAUGCCUGUAAUCAUACAACACAGGAAUCCUGCAGCAGCCAACUAUUAUGAGAACAAAGACGGGGCGAAAAUCGUCAAGGCAAGCCACUUCGAAUUGGAAUACAUGCUGGGGAGGAAGAUCACCUUCUUCUGCAUGGCAACGGGCCUCCCCCGACCCGAAAUUACUUGGUUUAAGGACGGGAUCGAACUGUACGCCCACAAAUUCUUUCAGGUGCACGAAUGGCCCAUCGGUAAUGACACCAUGAAAAGCAAAAUGGAAAUCGAUCCCACGACGCAGAAAGAUGCUGGAUAUUACGAGUGCCAGGCCAACAACAAAUAUGCUAUAGACACGAGGGGUUUCCGAACGGAUUAUGUCAUGGUUACAUAUUAAUUAUUUAAGUUAAUUUAAGGCUGUCAUCAAUAAAUCCUUUUACAAAAAUGA